GGACGCCCUCUGCGUUGAGCGGCUGGGAGUUCGGCGCAUGCGCAGUGCAGUGACCUCGGCAGACCGGCCAGAACAUGGAUUCGGUGACAGAAAGCGGCGGGGCCGGGCUACAGUCAUAGAAUUCUGACGCCUUCCCCCUACAAUGGCUCAGUUUGGAGGACAGAAGACGCCCCCUCCAUGGGCCACCCAGUUUACAGCGACUGCUGUGUCACAGCCAGCUCCAUUAGGUGUCCAACAACCAUCACUACUGGGAGCUUCACCUACCAUCUACACGCAGUCAGCAUUGGCAGCAGCCGGCCUCAGCACCCCUUCUCCAGCAAACUAUCAACUCUCUCAGACUGCAGCACUCCAACAACAUGCUGCAGCCGCCGCCGCAGCCGCUGCUCUCCAGCAGCAAUACAGUCAGCCGCAACAAAUCUACAGUGUACAGCAGCAGUUGCAGCAGCCUCAACAGACUUUAAUAACACAGCCUGCUGUUGCACUGCCAACAAGCCUCACGCUGUCCACUCCCCAACAGGCUGCACAGAUAACAGUCUCUUACCCGACUCCCCGCUCCAGCCAGCAACAGUCCCAGCCUCAGAAACAGAGAGUCUUCACCGGGGUUGUUACCAAGCUCCACGAAACGUUUGGCUUUGUGGAUGAAGAUGUGUUCUUUCAACUUACUGCUGUUAAGGGUAAGUCCCCACAAGUCGGAGAUCGGGUUUUGGUGGAAGCUACAUACAAUCCUAACAUGCCGUUUAAAUGGAAUGCCCAAAGGAUUCAGACUCUUCCAAAUCAGAACCCAGCUCAAGCACAGACUUUAAUGAAGAACCCAACAGCAGUUAUGCCACCUGUUGCACAACAGCCUGCUUUUGGGGUUCAGUCUCAGCCGCCUCCACAAGCACAAACCUUGCUGCAGGCGCAAAUUUCUGCUGCUUCACUAAAUCCAUUACUUCAGGCACAGCCUUCUCAGCUGUUACAGCAACAGCAGCCUAAAGUAAGCGCUCAUAUAUCUACUUUUCGGGACCAUCUUGGUUUUCCUGAUGUUGCUGGUUUGUUACAAACCCCUGUUCGCAUCGUAUCCCAGCCACAGCCGGUGCGGAGGAUUGAGCCGCCAUCCAGAUUUUCUGUCAGGAGUGAUCGAGGGGAUUCUAUUUCCAGUAGGAAAGAUGACAGGAACCGAGAGAGAGAUCGUGACAGACGCAGGUCACGUGAUCGUUCUCCUCAGAGAAAGCGGUCAAGAGAGAGAUCUCCGCGGCGUGAAAGGGAGAGGUCACCUCGCAGACCCAGACGGGUUGUUCCUCGCUAUACUGUUCAGUUCUCCAAGUUUUCCCUGGACUGUCCCGGAUGUGACAUGAUGGAGCUGAGGAGACGUUAUCAGAACUUAUACAUUCCCAGUGAUUUCUUCAAUGCCCAGUUCACAUGGGUGGAUGCUUUUCCUGUCUCCCGUCCUUUUCAGCUUGGUAGCUACAGUAACUUCUAUGUAAUACACAAGGAAGUGGACCCUCUUGAUAAAAAUUCUGCUGUACUGGACCCGCCUGAUGUGGAUCACACAUACAGUGCAAAGGUCAUGAUGUUGGCAAGUCCAUCUUUGGAGGAUUUAUAUCACAAGUCAUGCGCUCUUGCUGAGGACCCAGUGGAAGUUAAAGAAGGCUUCCAGCAUCCUGCAAGGCUAAUUAAGUUUUUAGUGGGGAUGAAGGGUAAGGAUGAGGCAAUGGCAAUUGGAGGACACUGGUCUCCUUCUUUAGAUGGACCGCAUCCAGAUAAAGACCCUUCAGUGCUGAUCAAAACUGCUGUGCGUUGUUGUAAGGCCCUGACUGGCAUUGACCUGAGCUUGUGCACACAGUGGUACCGAUUUGCAGAGAUUCGCUACCAUCGCCCUGAGGAGACCCACAAGGGGCGUUCGGUUCCUGCUCAUGUGGAGACAGUGGUUUUAUUUUUCCCGGAUGUUUGGCAUUGCCUUCCCACCCGCUCAGAGUGGGAAAACCUGUGCCGAGGAUACAAGCAGCAGCUGGCCGACAAGCUUCAGGGUGAACGCAAAGAAGCUGAUGGAGAACAGGAAGAAGAAGACAAAGAUGAUGGGGAUGCAAAGGAAAUCUGUACUCCUUCUCACUGGUCCAAACUUGAUCCGAAGAUCAUGAAGGUAAAUGAUUUGCGAAAAGAGCUAGAAAGUCGAACACUUAGUUCCAAAGGACUAAAAUCUCAGUUGAUUGCUCGAUUAACAAAGCAGCUUCGAGUUGAAGAACAAAAAGAGGAACAGAAGGAGCAAGAAAAGUGUGAAAAAGAAGAGGAGGAGGAGGAAGAGCGCAAAUCUGAAGAUGAUAAAGAGGAAGAAGAGCGAAAACGUCAGGAGGAAAUGGAGCGUCAGCGAAGAGAAAAGAGAUACAUCUUACCUGAAGAGCCAGCAAUUAUUGUACAUCCAAACUGGUUAGCAAAAAAUGGCAAGUUUGAUUGCAGCAUCAUGUCUCUAAGCGUCCUGUUGGACUACAGGAUAGAGGACAAUAAGGAACACUCAUUUGAGGUGUCUCUUUUUGCAGAGUUGUUCAAUGAAAUGCUCCAGAGAGACUUUGGGGUGCGGAUCUAUAAAGAGCUUAUAACCCUCCCUGAAAAAGAUGAUAAGCGAGACAAAAAAAUUAAGAAGGAAGACCGGAGAGACAAGAAAGAUGACAAGGAUGACGAUGAAGAACCAAAACUCAAACGCAGAAAAUCUUCAGAUGAAAAACUAAGAUUAGAAGAAAGAGACGACCGAAAGAGGGAUGACAGAAAGCGAGACGAUUACAGAGAUGAUGAAGAAAUAGAUGACGACGUCCAAGAGGAUUAUGAGCCUAUUGGAGCAGAAGAAGAUGACGGUGAAUAUGAAGACAGGGAAGACGAUGACGAUGACUCGAGCACCAAGGAUAAACGUGAAGACAAGAGGGAAAACAGAUACAGCAAGGAGUGCCUAUCCAAAGACAAGGAGAAAGAAAAGAAACUGAUGGUCACAGUAAACAAGGAUCUUCUAAUGGCGUUUGUAUAUUUUGAUCAAAGUCAUUGUGGCUACUUAUUGGACAAGGACUUAGAAGAAAUUAUUUAUACCCUCGGAUUGCAUCUGUCAAGAGCACAGGUGAAAAAACUGUUAAGCAAAGUUUUGCUGAAGGAAUCCUUAUGUUACCGGAAGUUUACAGACACUUGCACAGAUGAUGGGAGUCAUGAAGAGACUGAUAUUUGUAAUGAAGAUUUUCUAGGAAACAGAUUGCUUUUGCCAUUCAAAAUUGCACGAUCGGGAGUGUCCUCUGUGGAAGAAAAUAGCGGACUGAUUGUGUACAAUGGGGCGAUGGUUGAUGUGGGAAGUCUUCUGCAGAAGCUAGAAAAGAGUGAGAAGGCAAGAACAGAGCUGGAGCAGAGGCUUCAGGCUCUCCAGUCUAAAACAGAGGUAGAUGAAAAGACCAUCUCUCAGCUAGAAGCUUCUAAUAAAAGUUUAUCCGGGGAGCUGAAAGAAACAAAGAGUGACCUCAGUCACUUACGGGAAAGCCUGAAAUCCCUGGAAGACACGAACUGCCAAUAUGAGGACCAGCUGACUAAAACUAUCCGAGAGCUUUCUGCAACCAUGGAGGGGAUCCAAACCGUUCUCAGCAGGAAUCCGCUGGCGUCUGAAGAUCAGAAGUCAAAAGAGAAUGGAUCCAGUUUUUGAUGAAACUUUAACUUUGUUUUGGAACAAAACCAACAUACGAUGCAAAGUAAUUGAAUGCAAUUGAUGAUUUUCCAGUGUGAGGAGAGAAAUGGGAUGUAGUUUUGCUUAAUAUUUAAUGGAGAAGAUGUGUAAAUAGUUUUAUGAAUGAGUGAGAUGCGUUGUGGUGAUUUGCCUGUAAUUAACAGCAGAAUAUACAUUUUUGAAAUCAGUUUAGGAUAAACUAAAUGUUAGCAAUUGAACUAGAUUAUAUAAUAAUAAAUACAAUCUAUAUAUAUUUUCUUUUGCUAUCCCUCUUUUUUAUGUAUAUAUUAAAUAACUGAAAGGUCUUAAUAAUUUUUCUCUGGUCUUUUAGUACGUAUUUCCAUUUGUUGUGAGGAAAUAAUAGCUACACAACCUAGAUUGACAGUACUCAGCAAUAAAACUAAAGCCGAAUCUUGUCAGCUAACGCAUUGGAAUUACUUGUACUAACGCAUUGCAUUGUCUGUUUCAUUUCUUCCCCUGUGUAUAAUAAAUAAAUGCAAGCAGUAUUUAACGAUUAUUGUACAAUAAAAGACCAGUCUAAAAGAAUAAAA